AUGUACGUCGAAUACGACGAAGGAUUGGGCAUCUCGCCGCCGCCCAACCAGAAUUUCGCCUCUUUUAUCCCUGAUGUGAGUUUUUUCUGCGUUUAAAAAUGAAUCAAUUGCUUCAGGAAGAGUAUUCGUACGCUCCGACGGCGAAUAACAAGACGACAAGCUUCAUUUUCCCACAAAAAUUGGAUUUGAGCUCUCUUAAUCGAGGUAAUUCCAUUUUUCGGUAGAAAUGUGAGCAAAAAAGUUUUCAGAUAGAAAAAAGGCGAAUAAAAAGAAGCUGAGCCCGAUAAAGCCGUAUCAUGACUCUUCGAUCGAACCGCGCAAAAGUGCAAGAAAUUUAUCGAAUUUUUCCGAGAAAAUCGGAACGAAAACGGUGGAUUUGGACAGUUUUCGACGGGAAUUCGACGAUUUAGCGGUUGACGUCAUCAAUACUUCAAUGGUAAUUUUUUUAACCCAAAAGAAGCAAAACUGCCUCAAAAACCAUCAGUUUUCACCAAAUUUUAGCAAAAAAGUAUUUUUUUUCAGCGAAAAUCGGUGCGUAGUGUGUGCGGAAGUGUGACAAGCGACCGCGCGUCGUCCGUCUCGUCGGCCGCCUCAAUUUCGCAGAGAUCGCUUUCAAUCGAGGUGCGAAAAGAGAAUAAUCCGCCAAAAGAGCCGGUUUUUCAGCUCCGUCGGCUCAACGAGCGAAUGCGACUGAAAAGUGCGGAGAAGAGAGCCGAGGAGGCGUCGUUUCACGAGAUUCUGAGCGACAGCGAGUUCCGUUUGAGCUCCGAUGACGAUACGCGACCGUAAGUCACUCGAAACGGUCCCCGGAGGCCUAAUUAGCACCGGAAUGCGAUGAAAAUAACUUUCUGAGAACGAAAGGAAAAAAUUGACUUUAAAAAAUGGAAAAAAAUACCUAGAAGAGGGAGAAGAAUAGUAGAAAACGUCGGUUUUUGCAGUCCGUCGAGCCAAGCGUCUCUGGCGGAGGAAACAGUGGAAAACGUGCGUCAAUUGUCAGAAAUGAUCACGGAAUUGAGCAGUGACGGACGAAUUAGAGGCCGACGCAUUGCGGAGCACAAAAAGAAGAACGCCGCCACUAGUACUUCCGGUAAUUUUGUUAUUAUUUGCUAUUUAUAAUCACAAUCCGGCGAUCUUGUUUCUCGCGCUCCACGUGGGUUUGUACAUGAGAAGGAUUCGAGUUGGGCGGUCCUUGGUGCUCGCUCAGAAUCAAUCUUUGUCAGUAAACGAACUUCUCCUUUUCACGAGCCUUUCCUUCUUGCCACUUCUGAUCUUUUCCAGUUUAUUCCCUCUUUUGGCUCUCUUCUCCUUUCUUCUAAGACGUUCCUGAUCAGACCGGGGUCUUUCUCGACCGGGGUCUUUCCCCCCUGCUAUUUAGACCCCCCUCUCCCCGUUUUCUCCCCCCCUCCCCUGCGUGUCCUUGUGGUGUACACAUUCGAACACGAUCCGAGAGGGAACGGGCGGCGAGGCGGUUCGUUGUUCGCCGGCUAAUGAUGGUUUACGCGAUAACUACAACCUGAUCUUAUUUGAAUGGCACUGCGCGUGUCGUCUGUGUGAACUUUAAAAAAUUCUGAAGCCUUGCGGACCACCGCCUACGUGGUCCCUUUUGGCUAAACGUCUAGAAAACAUUGUUGUGUAUUUUUGCAGGAUUUCUGUCGGACACCUUCCUGACGGGCCUCUACAAAAAUCGUAAUCCGUCUGAGAAUGAGCGGACCCUCGUGCAAUCGGAUCCGGACGAAAAAACGAUUGUGGACGAGGUGUUCGAGGAUUUCCGACCGCCUUUUCGGCCCGCAACGCCUUCCGAAGAGACGCCGAUCCUCCGAUCGGCCAGGGACCAGUCCGUCGGCGAUAGUACCGGUACAUUUUUGUGAUUUUUGAAUCAAUUAUUUGCGUAAUUAACACGAGAAUUACAAGAAAACACACCCUAUAAUUAAAGGAUUCGACCGGAUCGAACGGCCCCGUAACGCGUGCACAUCGGUCCCACUGAUUGGCGAGAAACAACGGAGCGCAGGAAGAGGUUUGCUCGUUUUGCUUUUCCCCUAAACCGCCGAACGUUUUUGAGACGGCGUGCCAAGCGGUGGCAUUCACAAAUCGCUGUCGACGAUCCAAGUGAGCCCGGAGAAGUUGCGAGAGCUCCAGAAGCACGCCCACAUGAAUCGAUCGCUGCCGAAUCUGGAACGAUUUGUGGUCCGGCCCUCCACGCGCAACAUUUUCAACACGAAUCUGGAUAUUGAUGAGAUUUGCAAGAAAGGAUUACGGAAGAACCAGAAAAGGUGCGUUUUUGGCUCUGUACGAGAAGAACGGUCCCUGGAAAAGGGUGGUAUGUUCGGGAAUGCAAAACUUGUCCAGUUUGACUGUUAUUCAAUGUUUAGUCAUCACUACUUUCAUUCUUUCAAACCAUAAUCGAUCGUGAUCACUAAAAUCUUCAUUUUUGUUCAAGAUGAAUCACAUAGCCAGCUUUUCCUGAGAUUUUAAGAUACUUAACAUGAAAACAGUACCACUCAUCUCUAAAUUCACUAUUUUUGACUUUUGCAGCUCUGAGCGCAUAUUCGGAGGAGCAGAAGCCGCCAGAAACAUCCACGGAGCGCCGGAAAUCUCAUCGAAAAGCACGGAAAGCUCGCAGAAACUCCGAAAAAUGUCGCGCCCGACGACGGCGUCGGCGGCGAAACAAAAGGGACCGCGAACGAGGAGCUCCUCGAGCCGACCCCCUCCGUACUGCAGCACGACGCCGACCGAUGGAAUACCGUACUCGAUAACUACCGUAUCCCAAAACCUGCUCGGAACCGUCAAAUCGCUCCAUCCGGACUGGCUUCCGAUAAUCCGGCGUCUUCUGAGAAUCGACGAUCCUUCGGCGGACGUUUGCGCGUUGUUCCGCGCGGAAAUCGACAAACAGCAACUCGUUUUGGAGCUGAAAUUCUCGAGAAAUUGCCGAUUGACAUCCGAAGAAUACGACGAUUGCCGCACGAAAAUCGGCGUUUUAUUCAGAAUCGCCGAGAAGUUGGACGAGUUGCGAAGCCGCGGAGGCAACUAUUCCCGGGUCCAACAGAUCAAACUCAUCCAUACGGCACUGUUGAGUGCAUAG